GUAUAGUGAUAAGAGCUCGGUCCUAAAGAACACCUCACCUGCGUUAGUAUACCUUAAAUUACCUUUAUUUUAAAGGGGUUUUGUGAAUACAGAAUAAAAAAGUAUCUAAAUAUAAUUCAUCAAAAUGGCAAGAAGAUCUAUUUGGUUUUACCUUGCGGUCAUUUUGGUUAUUUUGAGUACCCUUACUCAAGAAGCCCAAGCCAGAAGGAAAAUUCUGAGGGGAAGGCGGGUUAUGACACGCACUUAUUAUCAUGGUAAUGCAGUACCUGCGUGGGCUAUAAGUUUGAUGGCUGGUCUAGGGAUGCUGAUUGUUGGCGGCAUUGUAUAUGCAGUAAUGAGAAAAAUCAUUAUAUCUCCGGAUUUAGAAGACGCGCAGAUCGCCGACCGUGGUUAUCAACGAACGGCAACAAGCGAACCGGCAUGAUUAAUCACAGAAUUUGUCACUAUUGUCUUGUUAUAUUGUUUAAGAAUAGUUAAGUAAAUUAUGAAAUAUAUUUCGUUUUAUAAAAUUAAAUAAAACUAAUAAGUAUUUUGAGUAACCACCGAAAAUUGUAAUAGUAUGUAUUAUCAUAAUAUAAAACAUACUGUUUUUAUGUUAUGAAUAUGUAUUUACAGGUUGAAUUACUAUACUAUAGGGACUGCCAUAUAUUACGCCACCCGAAUUUCAUAUAUUUUUAACACCUGUCUUUUACAGCUCACACGGUCUCGUUUGAGAUCCUAGUGCAACGUGGUAUAUUUUCCAAUUUUACACUAAUU